AUGGUUCUUGUACAAGACAUAACUUCUCAGCUGCCGGAAAAAGAUGUUUUUGUCGUGGAUGAGAUUGGUUUAUUUUGGAAACUCGGCCCUUCAAAAAAAGUAAAUAGUGAACAGGUUCGUGGGAUUCGUCGUGAAAAAGCUAAAAUUACCAUUACUACCUGUUGCAACGCCUCAGGUACCGAGAAGUUACCAUUAUGGGUCAUAGGUUACUCCCAUCUUCCUAGAGCUUUUAAAAGUUUAGGAAUUCGUCCAGAAAACAUAAAUGUUAGUUGGAGGUUUACAGGAAGAGCAUUAAUGACGACAUCUAUAAUGGAAGAAUGGCUUCGAUGGUUUGAUGCAAGGAUGGAAGGAAGAAAAGUUCUGCUCCUAUUAGACAACUUUAUCGCUCAUGGGCGAGCUAUUGAAAAUAUACGACUUUCUGGAAAUGACUUAAAAAAUACGGUUAUUAUUAUGCUUCCCAAUAGCUCUGUUAAUCUUCAAAAUCCAUUUGAGAUGGGCAUCAUAUAUAAUUUGAAGUCCUUAUACCGAAUCAGCUGGCUGAACUUUCUCCUCGAUCACAAAGGAUCUGAAUUGAACCCUUAUAAUAAGAUGAACUUGUUCAUUGCUAUACAGUGGAUCAACGAAGCAUGGAAUUCCAACUUAUCUCCAAGCCUUAUAGAAAAUUGCUUUUUAAACUCUGGCAUUUUUGCAUCAAAAAGGGCGAAAGAAAGUGAAAAGAACAUUCCUGAACUGCUUAGCCUCGAUGAUAGGAUACGAGAACUGUUGGCUAUGCUUGAUCCUCAAGCUGCCAUCAAUAUUCAAAAUUUCAUUAACCCAAUAGAAGAAAUGGGAAUGGAUAGCUCUGAGGAUAUCAUUAGUCAGUUUGCGUUUGAAAUAUUCGGAGAUCGAGAUUUUGAAACAGACGAAGAGGAAAUGACAACGUCAAAAGUUUCCAAAGAAGAUGCUCACCAGGCUAUUGAACUACUGUCAGACUAUGAACUUCAGCAGAAAAAUGGUGAUCCUAAUUUGUAUUUGUAUUUACAGAAAUAUCUUCAUUUUCUUCAGGUACACAAAUAA